UUCCUGUUUGUAGUUUAAGUGAAUAGGUACAGAAUACUUCACAAGAUUAUAAAUCAUUGUUAAAAAAUGAUAGGUUCAAAAAAGUUGCAAAUCGAUAUCGUAAUUCAAACACUAUUAUCUUGAAUGUAUAACUGUGUGUCUAGAUAACGCUCACAUAGUAUAGUUGUAUAAAAGGAAGUAUUAGUACAUGUAUGAUGUGCUUAAUCAGAAGUUGGAUUAUUUGUGUGUUUUGUUUAGGACUUGUAUUGUAUUCAGAUGCGUUAUGGUGUUACCAAUGUGGUGAUAGUUCGAUCGAAGGACCAUGUGUAACAGACACAGCCGGCAUGGAAGCCGAGUACAUCAGACGAAAUGCCUCUCUAAAAGAGCCGGACAAGGAUGAGUAUAAAGCACCAUAUAAAUAUUUAAAGGAUUGUUCAAACACCAGUGACAUCUGUAUUAUAGAAAGAAUUGAAGAACAGGGACAAACACACGCCUAUUUACGGGACUGUCACACUACCGGAGGGAGCUACUCGAUUCAAGAUCCGAGGUUUGAUUACCUUGACUCUAGUCUCAAUCACACCACGUGCAUCUAUGAAAGGGGAUCUAGUAAGAGAUUGGUGUGUGUAACAAUCUGCGAUACAGACUUUUGUAAUGGACCUCAGAUUGAUGGUGGAUCGAUUUUGCAAAUACAAAUAUGGCUGAACGUAUUAUGUGCUGCUGCAGUUAUUUUAAGACAAAUCUAGAAUUGUUUUUUUUUUCCCAAAUGGAAUCUCUGUGUUUUUAACGCAAAUAACGCAAAUAACUUACUAUUUAUUCUUUUUUAUUUCGUUGGAUACACAUUUUCGUGGAUUUUGUGGGUACAGGUGAACCAUGCAUUCAAAUGCUCAACGAAUUACAAAUGUUCCUUAGGCUUGUACCCACGAAAAUAAAUGAAUCCACAUUAUUAUUUUAAAGAUUUUCAUAUCUCCCCGAAAGAAACAAUACUUGUGGAAUAUGAAACAAAAAUUUGAGUGCGUCUAUCUGUAAUCAUGUACCAGUACCUAAUGUCUGUGGUAUCCCCUCCAUUUAAUAAAACAUUUAAGAUAAAAUGGUUGUUAAAUUUAUAUGCCAAGCAAAUGCUUUCUUGGCAGUUUUAAACAGAAUGAUGUUAAUUAUAUAGACCACUAAGGAGGACUGGGUAAUAGAAAUAUUGUCACCUGGUACUCUUCAUACCGGCAGUAGAACGCUUGCCAAAGUGGGCGUCUUUGCAAUGCCAGACAGACACUUUUAGACUGAGCAACACAAACACCUGUGUUCUCCGGAAAGUCAAACAGAUUCUGCUCCACAAGUGGCUCCUAUCGUUAUGCUCAUAUAUGUACAAAUCGGUGAUAAGUGUAAUGCGGUAAGUCACAUUCGAGGAAAAGAAGACGGGAAUUAAUAUGAUAAAAAGUUAAACAUGAGAUUUUAUGAUAAAUGCUAUGAUAAUAGGAAACCGGGAAAUUUUCAAAUGUAUUCUAAUUAAAGAUAAAAAGAAGAUUGCGUGCGGAAACUGACAAAAUUUAAAAACCAGAAAUUACUACUUUGAGUCAAAAUCAAAGAUGUGUAUCACGAUUUUCCGGAAACAGGAAAAACUUGUCAAAUGUAGUUUAAUUUAGACUGUUGUUAAUAUUUUCAUAUAUAUCAUGGAACAAUGCUUUAUUACUAUUUUUUUUUAAAUUGGAAAAAUAAAUAUUUUU